AUGGCAGUGAAAUCUAAUCAAUCGUUGAUCUUUGGAGCAACUAUCGGAGCCUUGGGGGCUCUGGCCUUCGGACUCACAGUUGCAAACAUCAACACGAGUAAAGAAUUCGUCAUUGUGAACAUGGAAUGGUGUAAAGGCCAGUCAAACAUUUUUGACUGCGAGAACUCACAGCUGCUUGCCGGUCUCGUUAACGGCUCCACAUUCAUUGGAGCAGCUUUGGGUUCACUUUUAAUCGGUAUUUCUGGAAAAGCGCCAAGGAGAGUGAUGCUUAUGGUUGUAAAUUGGCUGUUCAUUAUUGGAUCAAUAUUAUCAGCGUCAGCCAUCAACUUUGGAAUGUUGUUCACAGGCCGUCUUAUAUCAGGCGUGGGUGUGGGCCUCGAUGCUCUUGUACCCUUGUUCUUGGUAGAAAUAUGCCACCCGAAUGCCAGAAAGUACUUUAGUGUCAUUUACCAACUGUUUAUUACCUUCGGUCUUGUGCUAUCAGCAGGUUGGCAGUUGAUUCACGGUCGUGUUGUUACCAACACUGGCUUUGAACUGAGUCUUAAGGACAAGGUGAUAUGGCGUGGGUCCCAGCUCCUUCCGGCAAUCACUUCUAUCAUAGCUCUCUUACUGAUCCACUUCGUCUUCAAAUUCAACACUCCGUAUGAGCUGAUUGAAAAAGGGAAAACAGCUGAGGCUCGUGAGGUUAUUGAGAAGUUACAUGGCGCAGAGGCAGUUGACGAGGUGUAUGACGAGUUUGAUCGCGACAGUGAAAAAACAAAGUCAACUCCAAACCUUUCCCUCCUAAAAGCGUUCAAAAACCCAAUUUACAGAAAGAUUAUACUGCACACCUUCGUGUUGGCAGCCAUUCAGCAGUUGGUUGGAAUUUCUGUUUUAACAUCCAAUAUUACAAAGAUGUUCAUGCAAAUGAUGGGAAGAUCAAUGAACUCCACAUUGGCAUCCUCUGGAAUGUUCUUAGUCAAUUUUGUAGCCACAGUAAUAUUAACUUUUGUGAUUGGAAAGUAUGGAAGAAAAACAUUUUUGGUUUGGGGUAUUGGUUUUUCUACAGUCUUCAUGGCUCUGGCCUCGUUCAGUAAGCCUAUUGGCAAAGACGCAAAGUGGGUACCCAUAGUGUCAAUCAUUGGUUCAUUCGGUUUCAUCAUUGGUUUUGCAGUCGGUUUAGGAGGAAUAACAUGGGUGUACUUAUCCGAAGUGUACCCACCAGAGACUAAAAACGGUGCUAUGAGUGUCGCAGUGUUUAUCAACUGGGUAUGCGCAGCAGCAACAGUGUUCGGUUCCGAAUUUCUCAUAUCCUACUCCGAAGUACUCGUGAACACAAUAUUGUUCGCAUUCUCACUCUUUGGGUUUAUGUACAUAAUGAUAUUCAUAAGAGAGACCAAGGGAGUACCACUAGGAAAAGCAUACGAUCCAUUGGUUGAGGAGGAGUUCAGGAAUUGUGAAAUAGAUUUGAAGAAUGUAGAAUGUGUUAAGGGUCAACAUUAUAGUUCAAGAAUUGUAGAAAAGAUAAUAAUGCCAAAUGACUAA